CAGACACACUUAGCCACUGGAGGGGAAUUUUCCUUUUUACAAGAAGAAAAUUCUGGUGGCGAGUUGCCCAGCGACAAAAGGACCCGGAGCUGUUGACAUAGACAAGAAGAAGGGAGGCAAAUUCCAGCCUUUUAAGAAGCUGUUCGGCAAAAGGAAAAAGAAAGUGACAUCGUCGUCGUCGCGCGAGGCGUUGGGGAAGAAGAGUCACUGUCCCUCCCGGAGUGCCAGCAAUGGGACCUUCUCGUCCGAUGAGGAGAGCGUGGCCGACAGCCUGAGGUCCUUCACGUGUCCCAUGGGAAGCCGGGCGUUUUCCCAUGACAGUAUUUUUAUCCCUGAUGGGGGAGCAGAAAGUGAGCAGACAGUUCAAGCAAUGUCACAGGACAACAUCCUGGGCAAAGUCCAGACUCUUCAGCAACAGCUGGGCAAGAAUAUCAAGUUUGGGCAGCGGCCAGCCAAUGCCCUGCCCGUGAGGAAGGCAGACGGUGGAGAGGCCAGCCUCGAAGAGGGUCCCCUCCUGCCCAGACCCAUGGAAACGCCGACUCCGCAGGACGUCGUCCUCUCUGACACUGAGAACAAGGCCGGCCACACGCCAGGUUCUCCGGGUGCUGUGAACCCACCAGGAGGGGGAAGCAACAUGGAGGAGAAGGUGGCUCCGGUGAAACCGUCCCGGCCAAAAAGGCACUUCUCUUCCGCCGGCACCAUCGAAAGUGUCAACCUCGAUGCCAUCCCCCUGGCCAUCGCCCGCCUGGACAACAGUGCUGCCAAGCACAAACUGGCCGUGAAGCCGAAAAACCAGAGGGUGUCCAAGAAGCACAGGCGGCUGGCACGGGAGACACCGGACGAGCGAGACGGCCUUGAGAGUGAGCCCGGCCGACAGCAGAACGGGCACCCCGGGGAGGAGCAGCACACCUGGCUGCCGGGCUCCGAGCAGCAGCAGAGACACCAAGAGGACUACUGGCGAGAACUCGAGGCCAAGUGCAAGCGGCAGAAGGCAGAGGCGGCCGAGAAGAGGCGCCUGGAGGAGCAGAGGCUGCAGGCGCUGGAGAGGAGGCUCUGGGAGGAGAACCGGAGGCAGGAGCUCUGGGAAGAGGAGGGCGAGGCAGCGGAAGGCUGGGCGGAGCGACUGCAGCUAGCAGCGGAGCCCAGGCAGCCGGGCCCUGCACAGCCGGAGGAGGGAGAGGGCCCGGCGGAGCUGGAGACACAGAGGAGGCAGGAAGCCAACAGGCUGCAGCUGCGGGAGCAGGAGGAGCUGGAAGCCGAGAGGCUGCGGCUGCAGGAGGAGGAGGCCAGGUGGCUGGAGCAGCUGAGGCAGCAGGAGGAGCUGGAGGCACAGAGAAACGAGGCUGAGAGGCUGCGGCUGCAGGAGGAGGAGGCCAGGCGGCUGGAGCAGCUGAGGCAGAGACAGGAGCUGGAGGCACAGAGAAACGAGGCUGAGAGGCUGCGGCUGGAGCAGCUGAGGCAGAGAGAGGAGCUGGAGGCUGAGAGACUGCAGCUGCAGAAGGAGGAGGCCAGGCGGCUGGAGCAACUGAGGCAGCAGGAGGAGCUGGAGGCACAGAGGCGUCGGGAGGCUGAGAGACUGCAGCUACAGGAGGAGGAGGCCAAGAGGCUGGAGCAGCUGAGGCAGAAGGAGGAGCUGGAGGCACAGAGGCGUCGGGAGGCUGAGAAGCAGCAGCAGCUGCAGGAGGAGGAGGCCAAGAGGCUGGAGCAGCUGAAGCAGCAGGAGGAGCUGGAGGCACAGAGAAGGCAGGAAGCCAAGAGACUGCAGCUGCAGGAGGAAGCCAGGAGGCUGGAGCAGCUGACACAGGAGGAGCAGCUGGAGGCACAGAGGCGUCGGGAGGCUGAGAAGCAGCAGCUGCAGGAGGAAGCCCGAAGGCUGGAGCAGCUGGGGCAGCAGGAGGAGCCGGAGGCUGACAGGGAGCCCGGGGAAGCACCGCCGAGGCCCGAGGAGGAGAGACCCCCCCAGCCAGAGGACAGCGGGGGCCCGCGGAGCCUGCGCGGUGACUUGGGAGAGAAGCGGGAAGAAGGAGAAAACCCGGAGGAGCGCAAGCCGGAGGCGGAGCCCCCGAACCAGCGGCCCCGCGGGAGCCCGGGUUCCAGGAGCGAGGAAGAGCGGGCCCAGGUGCGAGAGCCGCGGGCCGCGGUGCACCUGGAGGGGGCAGCCGGGGAGGCAGAAGCUGCCGCCCCGGAAAAGGGCCGCCGGGUGGAGGAGCUCCGGUGGCAGGAGGUGGACGAGCGGCAGAGCAUGCCCAGGCCCUACACCUUCCAGGUGUCCUCAGGAGGCAGGCAGAUUCUCUUCCCCAAAGUCAACCUGAGCCCCGUGACGCCCGCCAGGGACACCGGCCUAAGCCUCGCGCCCCAGGAGCCCAGGGCGCCCCCGGCGUCGCGCGCGCUGCCCGCAGCCCUGAGCGUCCCGCACACGGCCAUCCUGGUCACCGGAGCCCAGCUCUGCGGCCCGGCCGUCAACCUGAGCCAGAUCAAGGACUCGGCCUGCAAGUCCCUGCUGGGCCUGUCGGAAGACAGGAAGCACGGGGACGUCGCCCCCGGCGACCCCCGGCAGGGCAGCGCCAAGACGCGGCCGUCCCAGGAGCGCCCGGGCAGCGGGGCGGCGCUGGCCGAGUGGGCGUCCAUCCGCUCGCGGAUCCUGCGCGCCUCGGAGGGCGACCGAGAGCCGGCGAGGCCCGGGGACGAGGCCCCGCGCGGGAGCCUGCGCAGGCCCGCGCCGCCGGGCGCCAAGUUCUCCAUCAAGCCCGCCUGGCAGAAGUUCUCAGACGGCGGCGCCGACGGCCCCAGGCCGAGCGUGGAGGCCGAGAGCACGAGGAAGAAACCCGCGCCGGGGCCGCCGCCAGCCGCCGCCGCUGCUGCUCCCGAGCCCCGCAGGAGCCCCGAGGAGCCGGCGGCGCCGCCGGAGCCGGCCGACGCCACGGAGGGGUGCAAGUUUGCCAAAGACCUCCCGUCCUUCCUGGUCCCGAGCCCUCCUUACCCUGGGCUGAAAGCGGCGGCCCACGCAGAGGCCGCGGCCACGUGGAGCAGUGAGGCCGCGAGGGACGUCGCCAAGCCGGAGCCCGCCACGCCGGCCGGGGAGGAGAAGGCCUCGCCCUUCGGGAUCAAGCUGAGAAGGACCAACUACUCCCUGCGCUUCCACUGCGACCAGCAGGCCGAGCAGAAGAAGAAGAAGCGGCGCAGCAGCACGGGAGACGGGGCCGAGGGCGCGCAGCCCGCCGCGCCGAGCCCGGGGGCAGAUGCGGAGGCCCAGGGCGCGGCCCUCCAGCGCGGCCCGGCCCAGCCCCCGGAGAGGAAGCCAGCGCAGGUCGCCCGGAGGGAGGCGGCCGGCAGCCACCCUGCGCCGGAGACCCAGGCCGGGGCCCCUCCGGCCCCCGAGCAGGACAAGGCAGCCACCAGAAUGCCGCUAGCGCAGAAGCCGGCGCUGGCUCCCAAGCCCGCCAGCCAGACCCCGCCGUCCUCGCCCCGCUCUAAGCUGAGCAGGCCCUACCUGGUGGAGCUGCUGGCGCGCCGAGCCGGGAGGCCCGAGCCCGAGCCCAGGGCGCCGUCCCAGGAGGGCCAGGAGAGCAGUGAUCACCGGCCGCCUUCGCCACCACCCCCUGACGAAAGGAAGGGGCCGAAGAGGGAGGAGGAGGAAGAGGGGGCGCCGCAGAGGAACCCCGCGUCCCCGCCUGCUCUCGCAGCUCCGCAGGAGCAGCUUUCCCAAGCGCCCGAGGCGGGGAGGAGAGAGAAGCCGGUGCUGCAGAGCAGGCACUCUUUAGAGGGCCCCAGACUGGCAGAGAAAGCUGACACCGCGCAGCCGCUGUGGAUCACGCUAGCGCUGCAGAAGCAGAAGGGGUUUCGCGAGCAGCAGGCCACCAGGGAGGAGAGGAAGCAAGCCCGCGAGGCCAAGCAGGCGGCAAAGCUCUCCAAAGAAAACGUCAGUGGCAGCCCGCAGCCUGGAAGCAGCGGUAUCAGCAGAGCGGGCUCCCUGCACAUGUCUACCACUCCCCCAGAUGAGAACAAGCCCGAGACGGCUGUGUCCAGGCUGGAGCGCAGAGAGCAGCUGAAAAAGGCCAGCACGCUCCCCACGUCUGUGACAGUGGAGAUCUCCGACGCGGCUCCCCCCGCACCGCUGGUGAAGGAGGUCACCAAGAGGUUCUCCACGCCCGACGCCACCCCCGUGUCCACGGAGCCGGCCUGGCUGGCCCUGGCCAAGAGGAAAGCCAAGGCCUGGAGCGACUGUCCCCAGAUCAUCAAGUAGAGAGGGGCUCGCGCCCCUCGCAGCCCGCCGCCGCUCCUCUCCGCCCUUGUUGUUUUUCUCGGAGGUGAAGAAACCGGGCUGGGAACAGCAGCAUGUUAGAGGCUCCAGAACCACGUUUAGGAACGGAACCGGCGGUGGUUACUCGACGAACGUUUGCACAAGCCAAGGGCCUGGUGCCUUGAGCCCCUCCUGGGUGGCAAGAGAAGAUUCCGUCCGGGGGCUCCCCCCACGCCACGCACAACGCUUCCUUUUGCCAACCUUCACCACGUCCGAUGCUCCGCUCUGAGUGUUGUCCCCCACUUAGCCG